AUGUCGACCGUUGAUGAGUUGAAGUUCAUAUGGAAUUUUUUAUUUUCGGAUAUAACGUCAGAAAAAAAAGAAGAAGAAAUAGAAGAAGAGAAAAAAUACGAAGAGAACAUUAUUUUGUUGAAAAAAUUAAUGAGAACGGAAAACAUAAAGUUUGAACAAAAGUACAACGCUUCCAACAUUUUGGAAAAAUUAAAAGAGGUGAAAGAUGUUAAGUAUGAAGAUAUUUUAAAUCAAUAUGGAAACAAUUUUUUAAAUUUUUUAAAGCAAUCUUUUGAAAAUGUUGCGGAAGAAAUUCAAAUAAAUGACAAAAUCAAGUACAGGAGGAAUGAGCUAAUAAAACAGGAUUUGAAUAAUAAGCUACAAAGUGUUAAUGCUAACUAUAAUUUGGAGUAUAUUAAUCUGAACAAAUGUUUAGGAACGGAAGAUUUUGAAAAUCAGCUGAAUGUAAGCUUAAAAUUUAACUCCCUAAAGGAUAUUUUAAGUAAACUGUUAAUAGAAAUGAAGGAGUACGAAAAUCAGUAUAACAAUUUAACAGAAAUGGAUAAAUUUUUAGAUGUCAAAAUUUAUGAACUUGAAAAUUAUUUGAACAAGACCGCGCAAGAGAAUUCUUGA